CGCCCCGCCCCGCCCCGCCGGCAGGUGCGGUGCCGCCGCCCGCGGGCCCAGGAAGCGCCGUCACGGCGAGCGCCAGGCCGGGCCGGGCCGGGCCGACCCUUCCGUCGGUGGGUGCCGAGCCGGGACCGCCGCCAUGAGCAAGAUUUCCAAGUUCUUCAAAGGGGGCGGCUCGGCCGCCUCCAAGGGCCGCGGGGGGCCCUCGCCUCAGGAGGCGCUGGCCCGGCUGCGGGAGACGGAGGAGAUGCUCAGCAAGAAGCAGGAGUACCUGGAGACGAGGAUCGAGCGGGAGCUGGCGGUAGCGCGGCAGCACGGCACCAGGAACAAGCGAGCUGCCUUACAAGCACUGAAGAGAAAAAAGAGAUAUGAGAAACAGCUGAGUCAAAUUGAUGGGACACUUUCGACCAUUGAGUUCCAGAGAGAGGCACUGGAAAACUCCCACACCAACACAGAAGUGCUCAAGAACAUGGGCUAUGCUGCACAAGCUAUGAAAAAAGUACAUGAAAAUAUGGACCUGAACAAAAUCGAUGAUUUGAUGCAAGAUAUCACUGAACAGCAAGAUGUUGCCCAGGAAAUUUCAGAUGCCAUCUCAAACCGAGCUGCCUUUGGUGAUGAGUUUGAUGAGGAUGAGUUGAUGGCAGAAUUAGAAGAACUGGAGCAAGAAGAAUUGAACAAGGGAAUGAGAGAUGUCAGACUGCCAAGUGUUCCAUCCACAUCACUGCCUUCUCGCCCUGCAUCGACCAGGAAGAGAGCAGAGGAUGAAGAUGAAAUGAAGCAGCUGGCUGCCUGGGCUUCGUAAGAGCAUGGUCUUUCUAUAACACUGAGCACUGUAGUGCAGAUGUAAAGAGCUGCAAUGCUGUUUUAUAACUGUACCGAUUUAGUGUGUUUGCAUUUCAUAGAGGCUGGGUUUUUUAUAGCCAAUCUUGCCGAGAAUAGUGUUACUGCCAUAUUACAGAACUGGUUUAAAAACAAAGAAGCAAAAAAAAUGCAAUAGUUGCCAGAAUCUCCAAGCAUCAAAGUUUUUUCAGCCUUGGCCAGAGAUUUGUUUUGUUAUUAGUAUCAGUUUUCAUUAGGUAAUAUUUUCCUAUAUUUGGCUGGUUUGUAAAACCUGUGUGCCUCACUUAUGCACACAGCUGACUUCAUUGUUGACAUGAAAAAGUUAAAUUAAGUCAUCAAGGCCCUAUCCUGGAAGGUUAUUUGGUUCAGACUAUUUGAAUAUUAGCAAAACGGCUUUAUACAUGUCCUGACUUGAAAGUUCUUUGGAGCCCGAGAGCUAAUAGCCAUUCAUUUGAGCAUGAAGAUUUAAACAGUCUGCCUGGAGCAACUUAUGGUGUCCUAGAUAUUAAGAGGAGACUCUUCUGUAGGUUUUUUGAAGUGGGAAAGAUUUUUUUAUUUUGUUUUAACUUCGGCCAGAAUAUCCCAUGCACUUCUAUAGGUCAACUUGAAUUGUAUUUUGAACUAUUUCCAACUCAGUUAACAAACAGCUUUACAGUGACUGGGGAAAAUGAAAUGUUCGGGUUCUUAAUGAUCCCUGCCGAACAAAACUGAUUUCUGCUAAGUCAAAAAUGCAGAAGAGAUUUGACCUUCCUGUAUUCUUCUUGUCCACCAUGUUUUUCUAGGGUGAGUCUCUACUUUGUGUGAUAAUACCCAUCUUCAAAGGAGUUUUCAAGGUGUAACACAUGUUUUUAAUUAUACAAUUUCAAAAUAAUUUUAAUUCCUGAGCAUGUGGUUCUUCUCUCUUACACAAUUUCUGAAUGGAAAUAAUACCAGCAUGCUGUACUAGAAACACCUUUUGAACUCUGGUUAAAGGCUGAUUCUGGAUUGUAAAGUUAUGUUAUUAGCCGACUGAUGGCUUUUUAGCUUAAGGAGCAAAUGCCACUCUGAGUGCUAAACUACUACAUAUAUAGAGAAACCGCUGCUCAAAUACAAAACAAAAAUUACAUAGA